ACUGUUUGAAGUUCAAUGAGGCUAGUGCUUGUAAAGUUUGUGACCAUGUCUUCGGUUGAGGAAGUUGAAGCUGCUGCUCAACAGUUCAAUGGCCAUGAACUUGAGGGAAGGGAACUACGGGUGAAUGCUGGACCUCCUCCACCUAGGAGGGAGGAUUCCUCUUUUAGAGGUGAUUCUUCUUUUAGAGGUAAUAGAGGUGGGGGAAGUUUUGGUUCUGCCAAUCGUGUUCAUGUGGGUAACCUUGCAUGGGGCGUUGAUGAUUUAGCACUUGAGAAUUUGUUUAGCGAGCAAGGAAAGGUUAGGGAAGCAAGGGUGGUUUAUGACAGGGAGAGUGGUAGAUCAAGAGGUUUUGGUUUUGUAACCUACAGUUCUGCUGAAGAGGUCAACAGUGCUAUUGAAUACUUGAAUGGUGUUGACUUGAAAGGCAGACCGCUACGAGUCAGUCAGGCAGACGCUAAGCCCCCAAGACGUCAAUUUUGAGUUCUGACUCAUUCGAAUGUCCUUGACCAUCAAAAGACAUGGGGGACUUGAAGUUGUGCAAGCUGGAACCUACUGCUGUCCAUCAAGAAUGUACAGAAAAUGGUCCUCGCACUACUGUAGUUUUUGGGCCUACAGAUGGACGAGCUGAUAAAUGUGUUUUUUGAAAGAUGAUUAUGUAUGUUCUGAGUAUCAUAAUCCUGAUAAGAAACUGAUAUGUUGCCUAUCUGUUUGACUUUUGGCUGAUCCAGUACAUGGGUAUUUUAAUUGUUUGUCUUUCCCAAAUAUGUUUUAGAUGAUUUUGUAAUUGUAGGAUGAAUGAAAGAAUUGAGUUUGAUAAUUUCUUGGAUGA